CAGUUCAGGUGGGAACGUUGCUUGGAAAGGAGCAGAAGUCUGUGGGAGAUAUUUUUUUGUUAUAACCUUUUUCACUGAUUGUGGGUACUGUCUGGUCCAAACUUGGAAUAGUUAUUGUUGAUCUUGUCACGUAAGCACGAAAAAAAAAUAUUAGCACCAAAAGGGAAUAAGUGAUCACUGUGGAUUAGUAUUUAAAACUGUUUUGGGAGUGCAACUAUUACAGGGAAUUAGGAUUUGGCUUUGGAUGCAAUUAUUGAGUGGCCAAAUCUGCGUUCUGUUGUGAAAGUUUCGUGUGAGAGAAAAGUCUCAUCAGUGGUACAAAGUGUGAGUGGAUUUUAGGUAGCGAAAAGACAUGACUUUAGUAAGAAGGAUUAUUGUCCUGAACAUCUGUUUGACACUGUGUUCUAUUGUCCAGGCUGUUGAACCCUCCCAGCGGAAUGCCGGAACACAGGCAUCCCGAAGGCAGCUAACACCUGUCCAACAAUCACAUAUUCUCGCGGACAUUCAGCAGCAUCAGCAUCGUUUCAAUGUCCAUCAAGGUCAAAAUGUUCCGGGCAAAACAACUUUUGUCCAGCAACCAUCGCUAUCUGUAGCAUUUCCACCUCAGACGACUCUCGUGCAGAAUCGUCCGGUGAAUCCCUUCAUUGGUGGCCAUGGCAGUCAGUAUCAUCUGGCACAGCAGCCAUCGCAGACCAACUAUCGGAGUAUCCUGCCGCCAAGACAUACACUCCGUCAGACACCCCAAAGUCAGUACCAGCGAAGUGUUCAGAAUCAACUCCACCAGUCUCCACAAUUUAGCAAUGUGCGCUUCCCAUCAAAUCCAUACCAAUUUCACAUUUCCCCUACAUUAGGUCAACAAUUGCCCACUCUCACGUCAUUACAGAACCAGGGAGGCUUUCCCGAACAACCAAUUGUAGGACAACCACAGAUUUCCGGCCAACAGAAUCAAUUCCUCCUGCAACCGCAGUUUUCACAACUUUCAGAACAGCAACAGUUCUUGCAACAGCCAAAUUUCCAACUUCCCAGCGAACAGCCACCCAUCUCCCAUCAACCGCUUCCUCAGCAACCACUCUCGCAGCAACCGCUUCUAACAGGAAACUUCGGCCAGCAUCUUCUGGAGCAGCAACUUCCCUUUCAGCAGCAGCAACAGCUUUUCCGAGAUUCGCGUACAGAUGAGGAACGUAUCAGAGAUCUAAAAGAACGAGAACGUCUUAUACAGAAACAAGAACAAUUCGUCCAGAAGCAGUAUCAGAAGCAGCAGAUGAAGGCACAGAAACUCCAUCAAGAGUUCCUGCAGACUCAACAACAAAUUAAACUUCAAUCUCAGUACAAGACCAAACAGGCAUCACAGGCUCAGUUUAUUCCUCGGUAUCCCAAUAGCAGAACCAUUGCUCCUCAUGAGCAGGAUACUUUCCAGAGAGCCCUCAAGGAAUACCAUGAACUUCAUCCAACUACUCCUACGACUACGGUAACAACUGAAUCAUCAACAGCCUUCCUUCCUACAACCACCACAAAACGAAGCAAGAGUCGGAAUGAAAUUACAAUUUCUACUCCUGAGCAACUGGAACAGCUGCUGCAGGGUCAAAUUAGCUUCUCACAAGUUAAGGGAUCACCAAAAGGCAAAACCAAGGCGAAGACUUCCAAAGGUCUGGGAAGAGAAGAUCUCAUAAGGCAACUCAAACUGGCCCUUGCAGAACAGCCACAGGAUCUUCAGGGAAAGAAUUUCACAUCAAUGGACUUAGUCCUACCAGAUGGACAAAAGGUUCAAGUGAUUAGGACUACAGAUCCAAAUCUUAUCAAAAAUGCCACGCCAUUGACUGGUGAUAGUGAAUCCCUUCUUACCCAAUACUCAACAGCUCAGACGUCAAGGAAUGUUUACGACGAGUUGGCUAAGAGCGGAGUUCUGCCACCAGGAGCAGACUUUGAAGUGAUCAAACAGAGUUCAGAUGGAAAGCUUGAGGAAGUUGCUCAAUUACCACCGCAGAAGAAAGUCACCUUUGUCUAUCUGGAGGAGCAGCAGGAUGGAACUUACAAAGUACAAGGAGUUAAGGCCAAUGGCGACAAAGCUCCCCAUACAUCAGGUGCAGAGGUUGAGAGUAUCAUUGAGAGGAUAAAGAAGGGCGAAAUCCAACUGCCGCCACCUUCAAACAGGGCCCGAGAAGAAGUUACUUCAACUGAAGCUCCUAUUCGAAGUUCCUCAAGUCCAGCCACUAUCUCUAUCUCGUCAACCUCCUCCUACGAUGACACGAGUUUCGCUUCAUCGCCCAGAGUAACGUCAUCAAGAAGUACCUACGUUAGUCCAGCGUCCGUAUCACCUUAUUCCACCAUUGCAACUCCAAGCAGUGAAAACAGUGUGUAUUACACCGGAUCACCUAGUACCCGUGUUCACAGCACAACCGCUGCACCCUACAUCUCCUCCACUUUCGCCCCAGAGGCUGCUCCCCUGGUUGAGACUACACUACCAGCUACCGAGCAGGCUUCUUCCACAGCGAAUGUCGAUACGAUCGCCAAGAACGACGAAAUAGAAUUAGCGACCAUUCUGAAGAACGGCGGCCUGCACGCUAUGGCCAAGUAUCUUAAGCAAUCGGGGUUGGAUACCAUCCUCAAUGAGACUGGGCCCUACACCAUCUUCGCACCAACAGACAAAGCCUUCAAGAACCUUUUGGUACAACUUGGCGGGCCCGAGAAAGCUGAAGAGAAAUUCCGGAACAAUCCGCGACUUCUCAGUGGUCUGCUUCUUCACCAUGUUAUUCCUGGAUCCUUUGAGAUUAGCACUCUCCAGGAUGAGAUGACGGGAGUUUCUCUGGCAGGAACGCAACUUAGAGUAAAUCAGUACAAAUUGCACGAUGCUGAGUGGAAUGAUGUUAAGGUGACGACAAUCAAUGGAGCCAUGGUUGUGCCAGACAAACAGGACAUCAAAAUACCCCAAGGUGUCGCCCAAGGUCUUGAUAGAGUGAUGUUCCCACUUCCUGUUGGAGAUUUACUGCAAACUCUUCAAUCGGAUCGUGAAAGGAGAUUCACAACAUUCCUGCGAGCAGUAUUUGCAGCAGAUCUUUCAGAACUCCUUCAGAUUAAGGGAUCAAAGACUUAUACAGUAUUCGCCCCAACUGAUGAGGCUUUUGCCAAGUUACCUGCAGAGGAGGUCAAUGAAAUGGUGACAGAUAGGGAAAAGGCCAGAACCCUGGUUACAAAUCACAUUUCACCUGGAACGCUGUACUCAGCUGGCAUGAGAUUCUACCAAAUCCGAGAGUCUAUGUCCACAGGAAAGCCCAUUACACUUCAGAAGAAUACAGGCACAAUUAAGAUCAAUUCCGGGAAGAUUCUCACCAGCAAUAUUCCCUCAACAAAUGGGGUUAUUCAUGUGGUAGAUACAUUACUGUAGAAGUCAGAAAUUUCAAUCUUCUAAAUUUUCCUAUUCAGUUUUCCUAUACCCUUCCAAAGUUUCCCUUCCUUUUAAAAAUAAAACCACAUCCGCAUUCCUUAGAGCAAAAGCACAACUAUUGGAGAUGAGCUUCCUAAAAGCGCCAUCGUAUUAAUUUUUAAUUUGUCGAUUGUUAGGUUUUGUAUUAAAAUAAAACAAAAGUAAAUUAUUAUUUUUUAAAUAAAAAAAAACCGCCUAUAAGAGAAACCAUGAUGUUACUACUUUUGUACAGUAUUUCGUAAUAAAACUCAUUGUUUUAACAUUAA